AUGCAGGUUUACGAGUAUGAAAACACCGGUAAUAGUUUGGAUCUGGAUAGUGGGCGUGAACUGGCACGUUUCGUGGUGUUGUAUGCGAAAGUAUCGACGAGAAAGCACAAGAAAUGGGAAGGAGAUGGGCUUCUGAUAUGCUACGCUAACCUGGCCCUUCUCAAAACGGAAGACGAAAAGGACGUCAUCAGCAGGUGA